GGAUUUCCUACCUUCCCACUCGCAUCUCCGCCCUCUUAUAAGUUGCACCCUACUGGCCUUCACUCCUUCUCUCUCGUCUGUAUACCAUGGCACCUCCCCACCAAUUCGAAUCCAAGAGCUCCGUCGCGGCGAGGCGCAGGCUCUCUAGUGUCGCAGGGCCGGACAGGCCCAAUGUUGCGGCCUACACUAGCCUUCAGCCCAUGUGGGCCGGUAUAGCAGGCACGAUCAUCAACAACAAUACUGCUUUUGAGGUCGCCAUGUCCAUCCACGACUCAGUCUAUAACACGGAUUUUGCAUCCUCCGUCGUCCCUUACGACCCCAACGAUCCUGUAAAGCAGGCUGCCUCUAUCGAGAAGCACGUCCUCGAUACGCUUCGCAAGUUCUCUACAGAGCACCUCUGCAAGUUCCUCGGUGCUGGUGUCACCCUCAGUCUUCUCCGAGAGGCGCCGAACCUCUGCACCCGGUUAUGGCUUGACUUGGACAUAGUCCCUAUAGUCUUCAACAUCAAGCCGUACCACACUGACUCCAUCACUCGCCCGAACAUCAAGCAUCGUAUAUCGUCCACAACGGGUUCUUAUGUCCCCUCUGGUUCGGAGACCCCGACUGUGUAUAUCGACCCUGGACAACUUCAGGACGGAAGCAAGCUCACUGCCAACGCAGAGAACAAGCUUCCAAUCCCGCGCACAGUUGAUGAGCAAGCUGACUCUGCCGCCCGGAAAUGUAUCAUGUACUUCGGCCCUGGCAACAACCCGCGCUUGAGUAUUGGCCCCCGCAACCAAGUCGCCGUCGAUGCAGGAGGCAAGAUUCAUCUAAUCGAUGACCUCGACGAAUACCGCAAGUCGGUAUACAAGGGCACGUGGAAUGCCGUCAUCAAACUCGCGGACGAGCUGCGGGAGAAGAAGAUCAAGAUUGGCUUCUUUUCGUCUACCCCCCAAGGCGGAGGUGUCGCUCUCAUGCGUCACGCGCUCAUCCGGUUCUUCAGUGCGCUCGACGUAGACGCUGCCUGGUACGUGCCGAACCCAUCGCCGUCCGUGUUCCGGACGACGAAGAACAACCACAAUAUUCUUCAAGGCGUGGCGGACCCAAGCUUGCGGUUGACUCAGGAACAGAAGGACCAAUUCGACCAAUGGAUUCUCAAGAACGGUCUGCGUUGGACAGCCGAGGGCGGCCCCCUUGCUAAAGGGGGUGUCGAUAUCGCCUUCGUCGAUGACCCGCAAAUGCCUGGCUUGAUCCCGUUGAUCAGACGCGUUCGCCCUGACGUGCCGAUCAUUUACCGUUCGCAUAUUGAGAUCCGUAGCGACUUGGUCAGCGUACAGGGUUCGCCGCAGCAUGAGGUUUGGCAGUACCUCUGGAACAACAUUCAACAUUCGGACAUGUUCAUCAGUCAUCCUGUGAACAAAUUUGUCCCCCAUGAUGUGCCUCCGCAGAAGCUUGCCCUUCUCGGCGCUGCAACAGAUUGGCUGGAUGGUCUGAACAAGCAUCUCGCCCCGUGGGAUUCUCAAUUCUACAUGAACGAGUUCCGCUCACUGUGCGUCAAAGACAAGAUGAACGAGCUUGCGUGGCCCGCGCGAGAAUACAUCGUGCAGAUCGCGCGCUUCGACCCGUCGAAGGGCAUCCCGAACGUGAUUGACUCGUACGCGCGCUUCCGCGCCCUUGCGAAGGGCAAAGUGUCCGAUAAUGAGGUGCCGCAGCUGCUGAUAUGCGGCCAUGGUGCCGUGGACGACCCCGAUGCCAGCAUCAUCUAUGACCAGAUCAUCUCUCUCAUCAACACGAAGUACCAUGAGUAUGCAUCCGACAUCGUAGUGAUGAGGUGUCCGCCGAGCGACCAGCUCCUCAACGCGCUCAUGGCAAACUCCAAGGUUGCAUUGCAGCUAUCGACUCGGGAGGGCUUCGAGGUCAAGGUCUCCGAGGCACUCCACACCGGCAAGCCUGUCAUCGCGUGUCGCACGGGUGGUAUCCCGCUGCAGAUCGUCGACGGCAAGAGCGGCUUCCUCUGCGAGCCGGGUGACAACGAAGCGGUCGCGAAGCACAUCUUCAACCUCGUCACCGAUGACGAGCUGUACGACACUAUGUCCGAAUAUGCGCGGACGCACGUCAGCGACGAAGUCGGCACGGUGGGCAACGCAGCGGCGUGGAUGUACCUCGCCGUUAUGUAUGUGAGCCGCGGCGUGCGGUUGCAGCCCAAAGGCGCCUGGAUCAACGAUCUCAUGCGUGAGGAGACGGGCGAGCCGUACGAGGCCGAUGAACCGAAGCUCCCGCGUGGUGGCCUCCAUGUUCAGGGAUGAGUAGCGUAAGAGAUUAUGUGCAGUCAAAUACGGAUGUUGAUUCAUUCAAUUCCCCCGGAUGUAUAAAUUUUGUACGCUCUUGUCUGCCGCUUUCGUUGUUGUACAAUAUUGUAGAACGAAGAAAAAAUGUAGAAGUAGACACUUUGGUACCGGUCGAAAUAUUACCAUCCCACCUCAUACAGUAU